AUGAUCAUUCUCCAGCUGCGCUCAAACCGCCCUCCAAAAGGCGACCCUAACUCAACCUGGUCGCACGACUUGUAUGAAGAUCCUGAUGCCCCAUCUUCACGCUCACUUUCAGCCCGGCUUACAUCCACACCAUCUCAACCACGGAAGGCAGAUUUACAUCUCGCUCAGCGCGCGCUACGGGAAGCGACUGGCCAAGGAACAGGAAUAAGUAUUAAAGGGGCAAGUUCUGGCGUGGUUGGGAAUGUAGUACAGGUUGAGGGAUUGGUAAAGGGGACAACACCUGCAGAUGUCGAGGCAAUCUUUAAACGCUGUGGCGUUAUCAUUUCCUCCACUUUCUCAUCAAGCUCUACUCCUGAUGCCGUUUCGGUUCGCUUGACGUUCAAGAUACCUGCUGCAGCUUCAGCUGCUAUAGCCAAGUUCGACGGCCAACCUGCAGAUGGGAAGAUACUGAAAGUGCGCAUUGUAGGUGGUACGGCUGCAAGUCUUGGAGGGAGAUUAGGAGGUAUAGGCUUGGCAAAAGAGGAGGGAAGUGUCGACGUGCUCAUGGAGAGUAGUGAAGAGAGUGGAUCGAAGCUUCGUUCGGACUCAAUUAUCGCGUCGGAUCCUCGUGCAUCUGUCCUUACUGCACCCCCGGGAACAGAUCCAAAAAUGUACAAUCAGCAACUUUCUGUACAGAACUCAUCUCGGAAAUGGCAACGAGGUGCAGGUAGUGGAGGCGGGCGUGGGCGGCGAGGAGGUCGGAGAGGAGGUGGAGUUGGAAGUUCAGGCAAUGGGGGGAUGGAUAUCGACUAA